AUGAAUGAAGCCUACAGCUCUGCUGCACCCCGGUCCAUGAGCAGCACCUCUCCCAGCACCAUGAAAAUGUUCAUGUGCUUCCUCGCUGUAUUUAUGUUAGUACAGACGAUCGGGACUGUACUCUUCUGUUUGUAUCUUCACAUGAAGAUGGAUAAGAUGGAAGAGGCGUUGAGCUUAAAUGAAGACUACAUCUUCCUGAGGAAAGUACAGAAAUGUCAAACAGCAGAAGGUCAGAAGUCGACGUUAUUGGACUGUGAAAAAAUUUUAAAAGGCUUCAAGGACCUCCAGUACAAGGAUGGGGCAGCCAACAAGGAGUGGCCAAAGUUUGAAAUGCAAAGAGGCCACGAGCACCCCCACUCGAAGAGCAGGAAUGAGACAUCUGUGGCAGCCGAGAAGAGGCAGCCGAUUGCAGCCCACCUGGCAGGGCAGAGGAGCAGCAAGGCGGUGCCAGUGCUAGAGUGGAAGACGACGAGCUACGCCCCAAUGAACAGCUUGAUAUCCUACCACGAGGGGAAGCUGAAGGUGGAGAAGGCAGGGCUCUACUACAUCUACGCACAAGUCAGCUUCUGCACCAAGGCAGCGGCUUCGGCACCGUUUACCCUCUAUAUUUAUUUGUACCUCCCCAUGGAAGAGGACCGGCUCUUGCUGAAGGGACUCAACACGCACAGCACGUCCACGGCUGUUUGUGACCUCCAGUCCAUCCGGGAGGGAGGUGUCUUUGAGCUCCGGGAGGGCGACAUGAUCUUUGUCAACGUGACAGACUCAACGAUAGUGAACUACAGCCAUGGCAGCACCUACUUUGGCAUCUUCAAGCUGUAG